AGAGCAAGAUACUAACAUGGCUGCUGACAGUGACCCCGAGUCAGAGGUGUUUGAGAUCACCGAUUUCACCACCGCGUCAGAGUGGGAACGGUUUGUGUCCAGAGUUGAGGAAGUACUAAAUGACUGGAAACUGAUUGUAAACUCAGGAGGAAAGUUGUUCCCAGAGAAGGGUGAAUACAGCAGUGGUACCUGGGGGGAGAAGUCUCAAGAGAUUAACUUCGCUGAUUUUAAGUUCUCCAUAACUCACUACUUUCUGAAACAAGAAUGUGAGAAGGACGAUGGAAAGGAUGAGCUCGAAGAAGAUACCUUCCCUUUGGCAAUGCAAGACCUUCUGUGCAUGAACAAUGACUUCCCUCCUCGAGCCCACUGUCUGGUUAGAUGGUAUGGUAUACGAGAGUUUGUUGUCAUUUCCCCUGGAACCAACUGUGAGGCCAUCAUCAGCGAAUCCAAAUGCAAUCUGCUUCUCAGUUCCAUCUCCAUUUCUCUGGCCAACAGUAGCUGCCAGGUGCCCAUGUUUGUGCAGAUCCAGCAGAAGUGGAGGCGAAUGUACAUUGGAGAGUGCCAGGGACCAGGUGUGCGCACUGAAUUUGAGAUGGUCCAUCUCCGCAAGGUUCCAAGCCAGUACAACCACCUGUCUGGACUGCUUGACAUCUUCAAGUCUAAGACCGGCUGUACCCUGUCCCCUCUACCUCCAAUCAACAUUGCCAUCCGUUUCACGUAUAUUCUCCAGGACUGGCAGCAGUAUUCAUGGCCACAGCAGCCCCCAGACUUUGACACACUCCUCUGUGGUGAGGUGGGAGGGGUAGAGUUUGGGAAGCUCCCUUUUGGAGCCUGUGAGGAGCCAAUCAGUGAGCUUCAUCUUGCAACCACUUGGCCUCACCUGACAGAAGGCAUAGUUGUGGAUAAUGAUGUCUACAGUGACCUUGACCCUCUCCAAGCUCCUCACUGGUCAGUCAGAGUCAGGACAGUUGAAAACCCUCAGUGUCUACUGGGUGACUUUCUUAGAGAGUUCUUAAAGCUCUGUUGUAGGAAGGAGUCUACAGAAGAGGUUCUGGGAAGAGGAUUGGCUGAAGAGGAGGGGAAAGAAAAUAGUGACAUCAGCUCUGCUUUAUCCAAGCUGACAGAGCCAGCAGCAGCAGUGCCAAUCUCCAAACUCUCUGUGUCCAAUAUGGUACAUAGUGCCCGAAAGCAUAUCCAACGCCACAGACGAAGUGAUGAGUCACCACUCAACUCUGAUAUACUCAAUUCCAUCCUUCUGUAUCUCUUCCCAGAUGCUGCUGUGGAGAAGUCAUCAGAGAAAACUGCAAAGUCAAAUGCCUGUGGGAAGACCGACCAAGAUAAAAACUCUGACUAUAACCUUUUCCUGCAGAUGAAGUCAGCACCCAGUGACAGUCUGACCUACCGCCUGGCUUUGUGUGUGUGUCUUGUCAACUUCUACCAUGGUGGGCUGCGGGCUGUCGCCCACCUGUGGCAGGAGUUUGUCCUAGAGUUGCGCUACCGCUGGGAAAACAACUUCCUCGUCUAUGGACUAGCUGGUGGACCUCCUGAUCUUCGUUGUUGUCUUCUUCAUCAGAAGCUUCAGAUGCUGAACUGCUGCAUUGAGAGGAAGAGAGCCAGAGAUGAAGCUCGCAAGGUGCUGGAAGGAAGCAAAGAGAGAGAGCGCUGUUUAUCCAGUGGACGCCAGAACAGCCGCUCUGUACCAGAAUCCACAACUGCAAUGACUUCAUCCAGGUUAACAAGGGAGGUUUCUCCAGGGAAAUCUUGGGACUCAUGGAGCGACAGUGAAGAUGAGUUCUUUGAGUGCUUAAGUGAUCAGGAGGAGAUGGAGGCUCCACACACUCAUGGGGGAGAGGAUGACAGUAAAAUCAAAGCAGAGGGCAGGAUGCACCCUUAUAACAACAUGGUUCUACUUAACUCUACAGAGCUUCUCUAUGUUCCUGUCACACAGGAACCUGCUCCCAUGACUGAAGAUCUAUUAGAGGAGCAAUCAGAAGUACUGGCAAAACUAGGCACAUCAGCUGAAGGUGCUCACCUCCGUGCGCGGAUGCAGAGUGCCUGUCUGCUCUCUGACAUGGAGUCAUUUAAGGCAGCCAACCCAGACUGUGUUCUAGAGGACUUUGUGCGCUGGUACUCACCCAGGGAUUAUCUGGAAGAGGAAGUGGUCAAUGAGAAUGGUAGCAAAAUGGUGAAAGGUGAGCUUAGUGCCAGGAUGAAGAUCCCAGGCAACAUGUGGGUGGAGGCUUGGGAGACCGCCAGGGCUACACCAGCACGUCGCCAGAGAAGGCUUUUUGAUGACACUAAGGAGGCUGAAAAGGUUCUGCACUAUCUGGCAAUGCAGAAACCUGCUGACUUGUCCCGCCAUCUUCUGCCCUGCAUAUUUCAUGCUGCAAUUCUGAAGUUGAAGGAGGAAGAGUCAGUCGAGGACAUUCCAUCACUCAAAAAGACUAUUCAGCAGGCCACGUCUCAAGUCAGCAAGCUGCUACACCACCCCAACCAUGACUACAAGAAGUUAGAGGAUUUCAUUAACCAGUUGAUGGCCGUGGAGACAGUCAUCACCCGAGCUCGCUCACUCAAGGCCAAGUUUGCCAUUAGUGAGGGUGAGAAGGCAGAGGACACAGAAGAGCUGGAGAUGUUUGUGAGCUCCCUGCUGGAAGAACCAGAGGUGGAGGUGAUUGGAGCUGGUCAGGGGCCAGCAGGCAGCAUCAUCCACAGACUGUUUGUCAAUGCUCAGAGGGCUGCUCUCCUUACACCACUGGAGGAAGACUUCAGCCAUGCAGCCAGAACAGAGGACAAGAAGUCAACUGUAGGAAGCAGCAACGUGCCUGACUUUCCUUCUCCAGCAGGCCGGGAGGUCCUGUUACGUACAUGUGUUCCUCGUCCAGCAUCAUACUCCAAGGCUCUACCUCAGCGGCUCUUUUGCGUGUUGAUGAGAGAUGAAUUCAGGCUGGCUGGGGCUUUCUCCUCAGACACUUCAUUCUUCUAAGAACUAACACCCAUUUUGAAGAUAUUUCAUCUGAAACAGUUUUCCAUUAAACAAUUAUGAUUUGUAGCCAAAACUGGAGGAGCUGUUAAGAACACAUUAUUCUAUUUUGUUAGUGGAUCCACUGUGGGUUAAUGAGUUUACAGUUCAAAACUGGUGGAUGUUUUCAUUUAGGCAUAACAUAACUCCCCUUAGCCAACAUACUUAAUGAUCACUGUUAUCUCAAAAUACACACAAAACACAAAAAAAUUAAAAAAAUUAAAUAAAAUGCAAUGUUCAGCAGCGCUGAUGUUAUGGACACACUGAUGUUCAAAUCUGUGGAUGAAAUUGUAAACUUGAUGUGCCAGUCCAGGUUGGACUUUCAUUCACUGUCUGGCGGGCUGCUUGCAACUGUUAAUUUGGCUCAUUUAAUCGUGACGGGAGGGAGGAGACAAUAUCUAUCCUAUAUCUGAAGACCUGAGAACCUGCUGUAAUUCAGCUGUCUGACAAAAGAAAAAUAUGUUCUGACCACAUUCCAAGUGACAGAAAAACAUUUUUGCAUGCCAUGUCCUAUAUUGUCAUAUUUUUGUGGUGUAGUAAUGGGUUAACUGGUCCCACUUGAUAUGCUGAUGGCAUUCCUGUCCUGGCAUCAGUGUGUGUAGAUUUAAAAUCUCUGAAAUGCAAUGAUGUACUUAUGAUUGGAGGUUAAGUUAACCAACUCUUUAAAUUCUUUGUAAGUGGAUAUGUAGGCACUGUCUGUGUGUAUAGUACGCACUUAAUGUUGUUUCUUAAUGUCCUCUUAUUUAAAAAUAAACCUUUUUGCUGUCU